AGGGAAUCCAGAACAGCAGUGAAGCUGGCAGAGGCAGACUGAAGCCUCUCUCUGUCUUGGCUCCAUCCACGCUGAAACUUCAGGGUAGCCUCUCUACUCCCACUGCCUGCCCUCUUAAUACUUCAAGUCGAAGCGUGGGAAUUUCCCCCCUCCCAGUUUGUGGCGCCAUCCCCACGCACUUUGUAUAAGUCUUCCUGUUUGUGCCUCUUUCUCCUCAUCCGUGCAGAAGGAAGAAUGUCUUUGCCUUGGACAGUUAUGCUUUUGCUUGCUACUUUCCUGCAGCCCCUGGAGACGGUGAUGAAGGAAGGGGCUUCCUCCAGAAGGGAGCAAAGGGCAGGAGAUGGUCAUUUAACAAGGCACUUCAUCGCAAAAGAUGCUCCGCUGGAGACUCUCGGAGAGCUGGGCAGGGUGAGAUGGCAGAGGACCACCGGCAAACACAGGGAGCCUGUGUCCACAGAAGCGCAGCUGAGAUGGAGGAGGACACGGAGAGGGACAGAGGAUGAGGAUUCCAAGCCUGUCCAGCAGGACGUUCCAGGAGUACAAGUGGAGUUUCCUCGGCCUGCCAAUCCUGCCAGCUUACGGCCAACCAAGACCUUGGUGCCAUCCAGCACAGAUCCAUCUGCACAACGCCAAAGGAGCCCAGCGGUCGAGGGAGGCACAGAGCCCCAUAACAAUAUGACUGCGGCAUCAGGAAAGCGCCCUCAGAUCCAAAACCCACUGUAUCCCGUGACAGAGAGCUCCUACAGUGCUUAUGCUGUCAUGUUCUUGUCCCUGAUUGUCUUUGCCGUGGGCAUCAUCGGGAACCUCUCUGUGAUGUGCAUUGUAUGGCACAACUACUACAUGAAAAGUGCCUGGAACUCCAUCCUGGCCAGUCUUGCCUUCUGGGACUUCCUCAUCCUCUUUUUCUGUCUGCCAGUGGUCAUCUUCAAUGAGAUCACCAAGAAAAGACUCCUGGGGAGCAUCUCCUGCCGUAUUGUGCCCUUCAUGGAGGUGUCUUCCUUGGGAGUAACCACCUUCAGCCUCUGUGCCUUGGGCAUUGACAGAUUCCAUGCGGCCACCAGUCCCCAGGCCAAGCUGCGGCCUAUCGAGCACUGCCACUCCAUCAUUGCCAAGCUGGCUGUCAUUUGGGUGGGCUCCAUGACUCUUUCUAUACCUGAGAUCCUCCUCUGGCAGCUGGCACAAGACACCUCCCCAGUCUCUGGCGUCGUAAGCGACUACUGCACCAUGAAGCCUUCACAGCAGCUGCCCGAAUCCAUCUACUCUCUGGUCCUCACUUAUCAGAACGCCAGGAUGUGGUGGUACUUUGGGUGUUACUUCUGCCUGCCCAUCCUCUUCACAGUCAGCUGCCAGCUGGUCACCAGGAGGAUCAGCAGCACAGAGAAGACCGACUGCCGGGGCGCCAAGCAUGGGCAGUGUGAGAACCAGCUCAACUGCACAGUGAUUGGCCUAACAGUCAUCUAUGGCCUCUGCACGAUUCCUGAAAAUGUCAGCAAUAUCGUGGUGGCCUACCUGUCCCCUGACAUGGCUAAGCAGACCCUGGACCUGCUGCACCUGGUCAACCAGUUCUUCUUGUUCUUCAAGUGCUCGGUGACUCCCGUGCUGCUGCUGUGCCUCUGCAAACCACUUGGCCAGGCCUUCAUGGAUUGCUGCUGCUGCUGUUGCGACGAGUGUGGCCAGGAAGCUGCCUCCAGCGACGGCGGCUCUGACGGCAAGCUGAAAACGGAGAUGUCCUCCUCUAUCUUCUUCGACAAGCCUCGGGAGUCGCCAACCCCUGCAGGGGCCCUCGGCACCCCAUGCUAAGCGCAAUCAGCCUGGUGGGGAGCAUUAGCCGUUUUUUGACCAGCUUCUCCCAAGACCAAAAGUGGCUGUUUUCUCUCUCUUUAGUUCCAACUGUGAAGCGGCUGGACAGUGGAGACGGAGCAGGUGUCACCCAUGUGCUUAUUCCAGCACCAGCUCCAAUGAGGGUAACUCAGUGGCGAGGUGUCACAGACAGAUCUCUCUUUGCUGAACAAUUAGCACGGGUGCAAACAUCUCCAAAAUCCCCCAGAUACCAGGCAGGCCACUGCCCUCCAUAAGGGAGAUGCUGGGGAAAGCUCCACCUUCAGCCCCUCAAGGACUGACAAGACCACAGUGUCUUAUAGAGGACUUAGUACAAAUUAACCUGUCCUGCAUUCUUGUAGGAUCUCACUGUCCCCUUCUCCACUCCAGCCCCAGAGACAGCCUCCUAUACAAGAUAAGCACUUCCGUAGCCUCAAUAAACCAAUGUGCUAGAUUAAAAAA